AUGAACUUACUCCCUUGGGUGUCCUUGUUCUUCAGCACCCUUUUGGCAUCCACGGUAGUUGCUGUUCCAUCACCAACUACUGAUAAAAGGGCUUCCAGUCCCUUUGUAACCACUAGUGGCUCUGGCUUUGUGGUGAAUGGAAGUGCGCUCAAGUACAUCGGUACUAACGCUUAUUGGCUUCCUACGCUAAACACGAACGAAGACAUAUGGAACACGCUUACGAACAUAUCAGCUCUCGGCAUCAAGGUCAUCAGGUUAUGGGCAUUCAAUGAUGUGGACACUAUUCCCGUAAAUGGUACUUGGUUCCAGCUUGUCCACAAUAGCACCGUCACCGUCAACACUGGACCAAAUGGCCUCCAAAAGCUUGACACAGUCAUCCAAAUGGCCGAGCAGCACGGUCUAUACGUCAUUCUAUCUCUUACGAACAACUGGUACCCUCUGCCACUCUUGAACUCAACAGUCCCUCCUGUCAACAGCACCGCCUUUGAUGUCACGCCGGGCACGAACAACACCCUUCCUCGCAACUAUCUAUCUAAUAAUUACGGUGGCAUGGAUCUAUAUGUUCGCCAAUUCGGCCUCCAAACUCAUGACCAGUUCUAUACCAAUCCGUCGAUAUUAACGUCUUUCAUGAAUUACACGACGCAAGUGGUCUCCCGCUACGUGAAUAGUCCAUCGGUCUUCAGUUAUGAAUUGGCUAAUGACGCCAGAUGCAACUCCACCGUACCAGCAUCUGCUACCUGCACGACAGAAACGAUCACGACCUGGCAUGCGACAGUAGCCUCGCACAUCCGCAGCAUUGAUCCAAACCACCUCAUCUCCUCGGGGGUUGGAGGAUACAUGUGUACAGACUGUCCAAAAUUAUACCCUCUGACACCAGCACCAGCACCUCCUGCAACAUCACCGGCCCCCGCAAAAAAGAAGCGCAGCAGCCCAGCAAAACCCGUGACCAAGGAGCAAAUUCUCAAAGAACGAGCUGAGAGGAGGCGCCGCAACAGAGAAGCUGCGAAACGUGCGGGGACUCUGGUGGAAGACGGUGUGCGAGUCAGAGGACGAUGGGUUUCGACUGCUACGAAGAGGCAGGAAACUCCGACUUUGGGGUCAAAUUAUGACGGCGCAUACGGCGUCGACAGCCAAGAUAUCUCCAACAUUCCAGAUAUUGGUUUCUCGUCCUUCCAACUAUUCCCUGACCAGCAAUCGUAUGGUCCUGAUGACCCGAACAUCGCGCCUUGGCAAAACGUAGAGCAAAACGGUGCCCAGUGGAUCACCAACCAGGCCCAAAGUGCUGCUGCCGUCGGAAAACCUGCGAUACUCACUGGCUUUGGUCUGGUCACGCAAUCCAAUGCUCCUAGCUUCGUGCCGUUCAACUCUACGGUUGCUCCAUUUGCUGCUGACAAUCCGAAUGCCAGCACAACCUAUGGUGUGACCAGUCAACAGCAAGCAGAUACUUACACGACAUGGCUUAACACUGGUAUUGCUGCCGGACUCAACGGAAUAAUCCAGUACCAGUGGGGUCAGUCCAACCUUACGGCUGAACCGGGUACCACCAUCCUCCCUCCUACUACCACUGGCCAGCAGCCUACGCCCAGUAGUCCAGGAGAGACGCCCACUCCCCAACAAACGACUGGCGAGUCCCCCAAUGAUGGUUACUCUACUACCGGCUCCACUACUGUUCAGCAAAUCCUUGGGUCUGCGGCUCAGUCGAUCGCCGCGGACUGA